GAAAGUCUAGCAAAUGUGAAGGCUUCUCUAUAACUUCCAUACAGUCCUUGUGCUUUGAACUGGUUAGAGCAUGCUGACAUGUCGUUGAGAAUCUCAUGAAGUAACGGAUGUAAGACAGGAAACCAAUAAGGUAGUAAUUUGCAGAAGUGCUGUCCUUUACAAAUAAAGCUCUCAGUACUGUGCGCCUCUCAGGGUCACCAUUAUGAAGAACAGCACUAUGCACUGCUUGUCCUCGCAGACCAACGUUGCCGCCAUCCUCCCCCCAGUUCUCAUCAUUGAGUUCCUGCUGGGGAUUCCUGGGAAUGCCAUCGCCUUGUGGAUCUUCUGGUUCCGUAUGAAAGUCCGGAGGCCGAGCAUGGUGUACCUGCUUAACUUGGUGCUGGCGGACUUCCUGCUCAUCCUCAGCCUGCCCUUCAGGAUCGACAAUCUCAUGCGAGGGGAGCAAUGGAUUUUCGGGGAUCCCCUGUGCCGCAUCAACCUCUUCAUGCUGGCUGUGAACCGCUCGGCCAGCAUUAGCUUCAUGACGGUGGUGGCCGCCGAACGCUACUUCAAGAUUGUCCACCCACACCACAGGAUCAACCAUCUGUCUGUGAAGUGGGCUUCCGCGAUGUCCUGCGGGGUGUGGGCUCUGACUCUGUCCCUGAGGAUCCCACUGCUGACCAACCAGCUCCUCCAAGAACACAACGGCACCUUCCUGUGCCGCAGCUUCAGCUCUUACUCCACAAUCCCCGUGGGGAUCCUCCUGCACUACCUCCUGUACGUGGCAGAGUUUUUCCUUCCCUUCUCUGUGCUGUUGUUCUGCGCGUUCAGGAUCACCUGGGCCCUGAAACGUCGGAAUAUGAACAGGGACCGGAAGAUCAGGAGCGCCAUCAGGGUGGUGGUGGUGAUCACGUUGGUGUUCGCCGUGUGCUUCGGGCCGGGGAUCGUGACCGGUCUGACCGCGCUCCUCAUCAAGCAGCUCAGCCCCCGGGACUGUGUGUCUUUCAGAGUGGCAUCGGAGUGGUUCAGCGCCUCCAUCGCUUUCACCUACCUGAACAGCGUGCUGGACCCGCUCAUCUACUGCUUCUCCAGCACCGUGUUCAGGAACACUUUGAAGAAGUCCAUCAACUACCUGGGCCUGUGCCAGCUGGAGGUGUCGAGGAGGGGCAGUGUCACCAGCAUCACCUGAGGGGUUUGCCGGGAUGUAUUCCACAGCAGCCACAUGUCUUCUGGAAAACUGGGAUGUGCAGUAAUGCAUUGUUUAUUUGUACACAGGGUAUUACAAGAUAGGAAUCUGGAACCAAAUAUAUCGUAUCAAUCCGGACAUGUGUUGAGACCUCUGCUUUUCCAUUAGCUCAAUUUAAACACUGCACAAAUUGUGAGUGGCUCCAUCUGCUAUGAAAUGUCUUAUUGCAAUUGCUAAACACAGCAUUGAGCAGGAGCACAGUACAGAUAUACUGGACUGAUCUGAUAUCCAGCACACACAUUCAUACACAUGUGGCCUUGCAUGCUUGUCUUUUCCAUCCAUACCACAGGUAAGCCUUUUAUGGCUUGCCUUAUAUAUGUCUUAAGUACUUUGACUUAUUGUAUAUAUUGUAUAAAAUGUGUUCUGUAUUAAAGGACAUAUAUAUUAUAGCGAGCCAGUGGCUCACUCACGUUACCGCCACCUGUCAGACACGAGCGAAUUGGGACACUUUAUUUUAUGUACAAAGUUGUUUUAAUGCCUGUUGGAUUGUUUGGAAUUGCCAUUAAAGAGCUUCUCAAUUGAGA